AUGAUUAAACAAAUUGAAAGUGAACAAGAAUAUAAUCAACAUAAACAAGAUCAUGCUCAGGUGCAUAGUUAUGUAACUCUUUAUGUAAAACAUGUGCCCAUCAGUAGAAUUGAACCUGCUCAUCUAUUAUUUGUAACGGGUCUUUUAGCACAUGAACAGUGUUUAUCAGUAUUAAAUAUUGUCUUAAAUCGUACAAAUGAUAGUGAAAUAAUUGUUAAUUCAAAAGAACGUCUUAUAUUUCAUUUUGAAAGAGUUUUUCGGCCACGACAAACUCUUGUUGCAAUAUGUAUUGAUCCAAUAACAUAUCCACCUGCAUCGGUUUUUGCAUUUAAACAAUUUCCUGAUGGUCGUCAACAAUUACUAGCAACUGGUUCUCUUCUUUCAGUUAAUUCUGACGAUGUUAAUUGGUUUAAACCAAUUGAAUUACAUACACAAGAUGGGGCCGACGAGGACAUAUUAAAGAAUCACUUGUACACAUGGUCAGAUGAAAUGUCUAUUUGGUGGAAUUUUUAA